UCUCUCUCUCUCUCUCUCUCCUCAGCCUUCAACUCUCUCUCAGCUCUCUGUUUCUGUUUCUCUUUUUUAUCUGAAACCAUAGCAGUGAGAGCAUUCAGACUGAAACUCACACAAAAGGAGAGCUAAAAGUUCCCUUCUUUCUUUCUUUUGGGUUUUCAACAACAACAACUAACCAACUAGCCAUGAUGGCUGAGAGAGAUCAAGAUUUGGGUUUGAGUCUGAGCUUGAGUUUUCCUCAGACCCACAACCACAACAACAACAACAACAACAGCAGCAGCACCACCAGCACCCUUCAGCUCAAUCUCAUGCCUUCUUUGGCCCCUACUUCUGCUUCUUCUCCUUCUGGGUUUCUUCCUCAAAAACCCUCUUGGAAUGAGGCCUUGAUUUCUUCAGAUCGAAACUCCAACUCCGAAACGUUCCGGGUCGGGCCCCGAUCGUUCCUUCGGGGCAUCGACGUGAACCGGUUGCCUUCAACGGGCGACUGCGAAGACGAGGCGGGCGUGUCGUCGCCCAACAGCACGGUGUCGAGCGUGAGCGGCAAGCGGAGCGAGAGAGAGGCCAAUGGCGAAGAUCUCGACAUCGAGACUCGAGGCAUCAGCGAUGAAGAAGACGGCGAGACCUCUAGAAAGAAGCUCAGGCUCUCCAAGGACCAGUCCGCCAUUCUCGAAGAGAGUUUCAAGGAGCACAACACUCUCAACCCAAAGCAAAAGUUGGCGUUGGCUAAACAGCUUGGCCUCCGGCCUAGACAAGUGGAAGUCUGGUUUCAGAACAGAAGGGCAAGGACUAAGUUGAAGCAAACGGAGGUGGACUGUGAGUUCUUGAAGAGGUGCUGUGAGAAUCUGACAGAGGAGAACAGGCGGUUGCAGAAGGAGGUUCAGGAGCUGAGAGCACUGAAACUUUCCCCACAGUUCUACAUGCAAAUGACCCCACCCACGACACUCACCAUGUGCCCCUCGUGUGAGCGUGUCGCGGUCCCACCCAACUCCUCAUCCUCAACCGUCGAGCCCCGGCCCCACCCCCACCCCCAAAUGGGUUCGGUCCAGACCCGGCCCCUCCCCAUCAACCCGUGGGCAUCCGCCACCCCAAUCCCCCACCGGCCGCUGCCGUUCGAAGCCUUCCACACCCGGACGUAAAUCACCGGACCAAAAAGGGCAUUUUGGUCAUUUUGCAAGGGAAAAAAAAGAAAGAAGCGAAAUCCUAUAUAAAGGAGAAAAGAAAAAUCCCCUUUAUCUUAGAAAGUCAGGCUGUUUUGUGUAUGUUAUUACUAUUUUAGAAUCUGUACGGAGUGGGGAUGUCAAAAAAGAAGCGGUUGUAAUAGCGUACCAAUUCUUAUAUAUGUAUUCCCAAGUCUAGGUCUCUAAGAUAUGGUGGUUAAGGGAUGUGAUUUUGGUGGGUCUACAUGUUUUGUAUUAUUUUGACCCAUCAUUUUCACCAUCAUCGUCAUCACCUUCAUCUUCUUUUGUAGAUUAGGGUUUGGUGGGUACACUAAUAUUUCCUCCCCUAAUUCCUUCAUGUAGUGGGGGAAAGGAGAAAGGGAAGGAAGAGGCUUGUUGUAAAGUGUAAUGUCUAAUUAAAAAAAAAAGUUUCAUUUUAACAUUUGUUAAAAAAAGAGAGUAGAGAUUGUAUUUAUUUAAUUAGUUUUGA